AUGACACGCCGAUAUCAAAUCAUCUUGUGGAGGCCGGGCUGCUACAUCCCCACCCUCUGUAGCAGACAUUUGAUAUACAUUGGGACGACGGUCCCACGCAACAACAAAUCGAAUGAACUGCAUGCGGCGUUUGCGAACCAGAACUCGGCGUCGAGGCACAAGUGCUUGGAGGCGGGCCUUGCGAUUAUACUGGCGGGCGCGGCGGCGCGGAUUCUUGAGUUCCCUUUCGUUGAUCACGGUGUCGCGGCGAUGUGGGCCGCCGUAUGCCGUGUGAUGAUCAACGAGAUCAUCACCGUGCGCUCCCUUUACCUCGAUCCUUCAGUCCUAACUGUGCCCGUUCUGGGCGAAGCCGAGCUCCUUGCCGCGCUCGACGAGCUUCAAGUGGCGAUGGCGCACUUCGCGCCUUCUUCUGCGCUUAUGAAUUAUCAGCUCGGGCGUAUACAGCAGGAGCGGAUCGCUGUAUAG